UGAUGUCGUCUCUUCUGAGGGAGGAGAUGCAGAGAGUUUUGUUUCGACCUGCAAAAGAGAGACUGGUGGAGUUCAUUGAAAUUGAAGAGCCAUCGCACGGAAGACAUUUUUUCUGUGCCUCAGUUGCAAAAAACAAAGAAGUCCAGCUAUGUAUAGUGCACUGUCAGAUGUCUGUGCCCCUAAAGUCUGCAUCCAAGAGAUCCUUCACCAAACGCUCCUGCAUACAAGAGUGCUACCGGAGGGCAGAGAUCUGGUCCCUGAAAGACCUUACCCUGAUUGAUGGAAGAAAUCCUGACGUGGAUGACCCUUGUUUCCUGCUGCACUUCGACGAGGUGCGUACAGUGACGGCCAUCAGCUGCUCAGCCAAAUAUGCUAUGGUGCGUGCCCUGGUUGCCCUCAGUGACCGGUACUGUCAAAGGUCACUGAACCUGAGGAACUUUGACUGGCCUUACAUCAAGCCCACCUCCUUCUACUCAAACAAAGGGGACUGCGCUGUUCUGUCACAGAUAUGCUUCUAUGCAAUCAAUUUGGUUUGUCUCUCCAUGUGUCAUGUGCCUCUGGAUGGAUAAUAAAAGUACACAGUUGUUGUGAGAGUGCCAGUUAAGGUGGGUAUUUAUAUUACGAAGUUGUAGCAAAUACUGUACGUGUAUAUUGCUUAUAUCAGUUAGUGUGAAGCAAAUGUAGGCUCGUAGCUUCAGUUAGCUGGGCUUUGAAGAACUCAUAUUUACAAUGAAAUAUGUUUUGCAUUAAUGCUCUGCUAAAUGUAUCUUCAUGGCAAAUGCUAGCUAUGUGCCAUAUUUAUCAUCUAAUUUUGUUAACUUUUAAUUAUAUAACCCUGGAAGUAUUAUAUUCCAUGUGCUGAAUUUCAAAAUAAAUGUAGCACAAAAGAAAUAAAGCAAC